UGAUACUUUUAGAUUCCUCUUAAACUGCUCUUGUGCCUGGAUCCGGCAGCUCGACUGAUACCACUGAUUAAUUAUUGGAAAUAUCUACAAUGUCGUUCACUUCGAUCCCGAUAUUGGAUCUAGCCCUCUCUAGGGACGCGCAGACAAAGCCGCAGUUUUUGGCCGAUCUACGACAUGCCUUAAUGGAGGUCGGCUUCCUAUAUCUCAAGAACGUCGGCAUUCCGGACGAGCUCUGGCAACAAGUCAUAUCGGAAGGAAAGGCGUUCUUUGACAUACCAAAGGAAGAAAAGCUUAAGAUCGAGAUGAAGAACGCGCCGUCAUUCCUAGGCUACUCGCAGCUCUCAGCCGAGAUAACAGCCGGCAAGAUAGACCAUAGGGAACAGAUCGACCUGUCUACAGAGCACCCUAUCCCGAAGCCCGACGCGCCGCUAUACGAGAAUCUACUCGCGCCUAAUCAGUGGCCUUCGCAAGAGGUAUUGCCCAACUUCCGCGCAGUCUACACCGACUACAUAAGACGUAUGGGUACUAUCUCGAUAGAAUUCACAUCCCUGAUCGCAGAGGCCAUCGAGCUACCUUCCGAUGCGUUUAACCGGUAUUUCGAUCCGGAUCAGCAGCACAAGUUGAAGAUCGUUAAAUAUCCCGAUGUAUCCGAAUUAGGGCUGGGUGACGGUGUUGAAGGCCAAGGAGUUGGUCCACAUAAGGACAGUAUGCUUACAAGUUACCUACUGCAAGCAAGUAACCACAGGGGACUGCAGGUCCAAAAUAUGCAAGGUAAAUGGAUCGACUGCCCACCGAUCGACGGCACAUUGGUGGUGGCCAUCGGACAGGGCUUGGAGGCCCUGACGCAAGGAGUUUGCGCGUCGACAACCCAUAGGGUCCUCUCACCUGAGGCGGGCAAGGGUGCGAGAUUCUCAAUCCCGUUCUUCCAAGGGGUCCGAGCCUCUACGACAUUCGAGGAGUUGGACGAGGUCGGUGUCGGACAAGUACCAGAGGGGAUCAAGCAGCGGCGGCAGAAAGUACUAGAGGCGAAUGGAGGUAGGCUUGACGACGUCGAGUUUACCUUUAGGAAGGGCGGUGUAGCAUCGACGCUAGGCGAGGCAACACUAAGAAACAGAGUCAAGAGUCACCCAGACGUGGGGGAGAGAUGGUAUCCAGACAUCCUGAAGGACAUACGAGAGGAGCAGGCCAGAGAGGCGGCUCAGAAGCAAGAGGCGCAAGGAACGUCGAACAAUACCAACACCCCUGCGAGCGGAGGGGUUGCAGAUAUCAACGCCCAGGCGAAAGCAGUGGAAGCACACUAAUAACGUGUGCACUACCAUAUACAAAAAGCGAAUCAUCAAGACGCGAGAAAAUCUCAGUUAACUCAGUGCAAUCUCAUUAAUCAAAGUCGCGUCGUGACCUCAUAUCAACACACCCAUAUAAGACCUCUCUGCUAAACACCAAGUGCGCCAAUCGCUAUGCCCAUUGUUCACCUGUUCGAUCGUUCCGUACAAAUACGGACCAUCGUUUUGUCUAUUUGGCUGGAGGAGCGUCGUGGCCGGGGAAGCAAUCGGCGAUGGACUUAUUGUGCUUAUUGACAGCGUGCUCAGUGAGCUGAGGCGCACGGGUGGUCUUCAGGAAGGUCGAUUUGCAGAUCUGGCACUGGAUAUCCAUAGCCUUGACAUUCGACUUCAACUGCGACUUGGCGACCUUGCUGUCCUUCGCAUUGCGCUCGCGCUUCUGCGCAGCCUUGGCUCCCUAAUUGCGAGAAUUAGUACGUUGUUGUCCUCUAUUGUCGGAGUUGGCCGGCUUUCAGGCUGUCCCUCCUCCCGUCUCCGAAUAGGAGCGUUGUUGGGACGCGGAUAGGAGAACUUACGUUACCCAUUAUGUUAAUAGAA